ACGUCACAACACGUAACGUUCCACGGGUUUCUUCUCUUUCUGCCGCAGAGUUGAAACAAGGUGUCGGGUUAAAACGGCACGACUAUAAAGGAGAGGGGCAGGCAGGCUGGACACAACCAAAUAGAUAGACCGUCUGAAAGAGUUGAAACAACGAGUGGCAGAAUGACGGUUUGUUGUGAGUCGUGUGAAAGUCCAUGGAGCAGUGAGCGCUGCUCCUCUCCUCUGAUCAGCGGGGAGACAGAAAGCCGCCUGGGACUCUGCAAGAGAUUCAGGUCUACUAAGGGAGCGUCUAAAGCCAGGAGGGACCAGAUCAACUCUGAGAUCAGGAACAUGAGAACUCUGCUCCCCAUCCCUCAGGAGGACCAGGACAGACUGUCAUACCUCCACAGUAUGGCGGUUAUCACAGCAUACAUCAGGAAGAGCUUUCUGUAUAAGGGAUUAUCAGCUGAUCAGAGUCGUCUCUCCUCUUCCUCCUCCUAUCCUCUGUACGAGACCUUCCUUCCAGCCGUGCAUGGUUUCAUUCUGAUCCUCUCCUCACGGGGCAGGCUGGUCUACGUCUCUGAGAACGUCUCUGAUUACCUGGGGCUCUCCAUGGUUGAUGUUCUUCAGGGAGACACAUUCUAUGACCUGGUGGAGAGUCAGGACGUGGAGACAGCUAGAUCUAACCUGGAGACAGACAACACAACGUCAACUGCAGAGAGGAGUUUUGUGUGUCAGAUGCACACCUCCAAGGUCUUCAGACUAGAGUACGGUAACUGCUGUUCUAUAAUGGUCCGAGGACGCUACCAGACCAUCCCACAAUCCCCCCAGUCCACCCCCACAUCCUCCCCAGACCGUGGCCGAUCUGGCCCCCCUGUGGAGAGGGUGUUCUUGGCUCUCUGCACACCCACAGUGAACCACCUGGGCAACAGCAUCUUCUCCUCCUGCUCCUCCUCCUUCACCAGCCUCCAUAGACCAGACAUGAGCUUCAGUCACCUGGACGAAAGUGUUGUGUUUUACUUGGGCUACUCAUCGGAGGAGCUGAUUGGUCGAUCGUGGUACAGCCUCCUCCACCCUGAAGACCUCUCCUUGAGUGCCUACUCACAUAAGAGUCUGAUGCAGGCAGACGAGGGUAGGCAGAUGGAGAUGGUUCUGAGGCUCCAACACAGCGACCUCUCAUGGUCCUGGAUCUACACUAGAGCCGCUAAGCAUUCUGGGAACCAGGAAGUGAGCUGCUGUAACUACAUUAUCAGUGAAACAGAAGCCAUGUAUCUGAGGAAAAACAUCCACAGCGAUGCUUUCAGAGCCUCUCCUCCUCAGCCCUGCUGCCCCUCUCCCACCCCCCAGCUGACCCAGAGCUGUUGCCCCACCAGGGACCUGAAGAGACAGAGAGAAUUCAGCCAGUGCAGUAGUAUAUCUGAGACUGAGAACAGGUCUAAGACCAGUAGGAGACAGAGAGCAGAGUCUAAUGCUGUGUUCUACGUGACAUCAUGUAGCUCCUCCUCCCAGGCCUCACCUGUCGCCGCCUUCUCCACCCCUCCCUACAGCCCCACCUCCUCCCACUACAACUCCUCCCUCUCUCCAGCACAGCAGGACGACACCAGCUCUGACUCUCUGUUGGAUGUGUAUGGCUACACGGAGAACUUAACCUCCUACUACCAUUGCCCUGAGGGAGGGACUGAGGUAGGGACUGGGCCUUCCUGCCUCCUCUCCCCCUCUAGGUCCUUCCAGCCCGGCUCGGAGCAGUCCUUCCACCAGGGUAUCUUCAGCCAGACUGACGCAUUCUCUCCUCAGUCCUGCCCUCCUUCUCCCCAGCAUGAUUGCCCAGCAUGCCCUGCUGAUGCCCGGCUGGUCCCUGACUGUCUAUCUGUAUCAGACCUGUUAGAGAGUUCAGCAGACUGCCCCAUCACCAUCCAUACUGAAGACUACAGCCUCUCGGUUCAGCCACAAGGUGGUGCCACCAGUCCAUACAGCCUCUCGGUUCAGCCACAAGGUGAUGCCACCAGUCCAUACAGCCUCUCGGUUCAGCCACAAGGUGAUGCCACCAGUCCAUACAGCCUCUCGGUUCAGCCACAAGGUGGUGCCACCAGUCCAUACAGCCUCUCGGUUCAGCCACAAGGUGAUGCCACCAGUCCAUACAGCCUCUCGGUUCAGCCACAAGGUGAUGCCACCAGUCCAUACAGCCUCUCGGUUCAGCCACAAGGUGGUGCCACCAGUCCAUACAGCCUCUCGGUUCAGCCACAAGGUGAUGCCACCAGUCCAUACAGCCUCUCGGUUCAGCCACAAGGUGAUGCCACCAGUCCAUACAGCCUCUCGGUUCAGCCACAAGGUGAUGCCACCAGUCCAUACAACCUCUCGGUUCAGCCUCUAGGUGAUGCCACCAGUCCAUAUAGCCUCUCGGUUCAGCCACAAGGUGAUGCCACCAGUCCAUAUAGCCUCUCGGUUCAGCCUCUAGGUGGUGCCACCAGUCCAUACAGCCUCUCGGUUCAGUCACAAGGUGGUGCCACCAGGACAUACCAGAGCCACCAUAUACCUCAGACUGUCGCUCCUUCUAUUGGAGGCCUGCUGACCCCUAACCCCUCCCCGACCUCCGACCUCUCCUUCCUCUACAGUGACAGAGACAAGGUAGAGAUCAGUAUCCUAGCCCAGCAGAUCUCCUCUCUGGCCUCCAGCUUCGACCUGUUCAACACCCUGAGCCCCAUCCAGACCCCACGUCAGCCCAGCUCAGAACCACUUCCCUGGGCACAGCUCCCAGGUCACUCCCCUGUCCCCCUCCGCAUCAAGCCAGAGCUGGUCCUGGAUGAGGGAGUGUUUGAUAGUCUCCUGAAGGAUCUGAGCAUGGUUCAGGGACCUGGGAGUCUGUCUCACUGCUACCAACCUCAGGACCCUUCCACCCUGGCUCUAUCUUCUCUAGUGGACCCUCUAUCCAUGGAGCAGUCAUCCCACUCUCUCUCCCUCCCCCUGGAACUCCCCUCAUCCCUCUCUCUCUCCCUCCCCCUGGACCCAUUUCCCCCUAACCUGGAUCCCUUCUCCCUGAGGACAAGCUGUCAUAAUCAGACCUCUGAGUUGCAUCAACUCAACCUGCCCCACAGUCUCCAUCAAGAUGGGCUUGUUGAGGAAUCCAUGUACUGAUGUGAGUCUAAAUAGACUUACAGUACUAGCCCUCGUAUGGCAUAUUGUCAUGACUACCAAGUCUUCCAAAAUGAAGAUUUCUACAAUAUUUAGUAGUUGGUACUUUUCAAGGAAGCAUGUUUCCCAAAUAUCUAUUAUUAUUUUUAAUUAAAUUGUGAUGAGAGGAAGUGAAUCUUAUCCAGGACCAAACUGCUGAGGAGCUUGUUACUAUUUUGGUGUUGUGUUAACUAUAUUGAUACCUGUUGACUGCUGUAAUUCACCAUCUGUGUUGAUGAUGAUGUUGUCCUGAUUCUGGUAGUAUUGUACUGCACUGUUACCAUCUAGAAAACUGACGAUCAGAUAUGUAGAAUUGAUGUUUCUGCGAAUGUCGAGGGACCGUGAUGAUGAUUUACUACUGAGCACUUUCUGGACGUGUUUGAGCUGUUUGAGAUAACAUCACAUGUGGAAUGCGACGUGGAGACCUCCUCCCAGAGGAGGUUGAAGCAGAAUAGUAGAUUCUAAAAUGCGACCCAAAUGACACACUAUUCCCUGUAUAGUGCACUACUUUUGACCAGAGCCCUAUGGAGAUAUAGGGUGCCAUUUGAGAAACAUCCAUAGGUGUUAAAAAGAUAAUGAAGUAACUACCUCAGUAAUGCCACUACAUUCAUUCCUAGCCUGAAACUACUGUUUAGUAAGUGCGUGUAUUUAUUGGUAGAGAUGACUGUUAUACAUAUUGUUUCAUUCCCAUGUUUGUCUACUGAAAACUCUUUUUUUGUAACCAUUGGUAACCAUAAUUCAGUACAUUUGUCUUGAAUACAUAUGUUGUGUUGAUAAAAUGCUGCUUGGUUGGAUGUAAUUGUACAAAAGCAAAGUAUUUUUGCAAUUGGUUUUCUAAUUUUUAAAAUGCAAGUUAUUAAAACGCAUAAAAUAUGAUUGUGAUGUGAUAUCUUAGUUAUGACAAAAUA